CGCCCGCGGAGCCGCCGCAGGCCCCAUGGAGGCCGAGGUGCCGACGCGCCGGGGGCUGUAGCGGCCGCAGCUGAGGGUCGGGCCGGGCCCGGCGGCGGGGGCUCCCCGGGGAGGGGCUUCCCGGGUCCCUUCCCGCGCCGCCGCUGCCACCGCAGACGCCGGACCCACCGCAGCCGCCCCCCGCGACCUUCCCGCGCGCCCACCAUCACCCCACCACCACCACCACCAGCCCCGGCCAUGUCGGGGGCCCUGAGCAAACGGAGCGACCUGGCCAACGACAACAGCCACCCGGGGCUGAGCCUGGGGCUGCGGGACCCCCCCGCGCCCGGGCACCCGCAGCCCGGCCCCCCGCAGGGCACCCAGCCGCGGGCCGGGGGCGACCCGGGCGCCCCCAGCGAGGAGCCGGCCAACGCCAAGUGGGUGAAGGACGGGCAGAACCAGCUGCGCCGGGCGGCUGAGCGCGACCAGAACCGCAACGAGCUCGGGUCCCCCCUCGCCGAGGAGGAGGGGCUGGGGGUCCCGGCCCCCAACACCCCCGCGGGGACGCGGCCUCUGCUCCUGCAGCUGCGGGGCGCCCGCGAGGACGAGGAGGAGGAGGAGGACGAGGACGAGGAUGAGGAGGACGAGGAGGAGGACGAAGAGGAGGACGGGGACUCGACGCCGGUGCAGAGCGACCCCGCGACGGCCGAGUCGGAGGCGAGCGGGGAGCGCGUGGCGCGGGAGCCGGGGCGCAGCGCCAGCCGCCUGUUCGGUGUCCGCGGCGGCACCGCCAGCGACGAGGACUCCAGCUGGGCCACGCUCAGCCAGGGCAGCCCGGCCGGCAGCUCCCCUGACGAUGCAGACUCCUUCUGGACCCGCAACUCCUUCGAGACGGACUCAGACCUGCCGGCGGGAUGGAUGCGGGUGCAGGACACCUCGGGCACCUACUACUGGCACAUCCCCACCGGCACCACGCAGUGGCAGCCGCCUUCGGGGCUGGCCCGCGGCUCGGCCCCGGGCUCCCCGGCCAUCACCCCCUCCUCUGAGGAGCCCCCGCUCGCCUGGACGGGCUUUGCCCCGGCUGAGCGCUUUGGUGAAGGUGAUUUCUGGAAGGACCCCUCGGCUGAGGACGUGGACGAGGAGCCAGGAGCAGAGGAUGCAGAGCCGCCGUCGCCGAGCCCGGCCUCGCCGGGAGAGGGCGCGGCCCUGCCCGAGGAGGACAAGCCGGGCUCCAAGCGCUUCGCCGUGCGCUCGCUGGGCUGGGUGGAGAUGAGCGAGGACGAGCUGGCGCCCGGCCGCAGCAGCGUCGCCGUCAACAACUGCAUCCGGCAGCUCUCCCUGCACCAGCGCGGCCCUCCCGGCGCCGGGGCCGAGGGCCGGGCCAUGCUGCUGCAGCUGGAGGGCCGCACGCUGAAGCUGCUGGACCCGCAGGACCAGGCGCUGCUGCACGCGCAGCCCGUGGCCGCCAUCCGCGUCUGGGGCGUGGGGCGAGACAGCGGCAGGGACUUUGCCUAUGUGGCCCGGGACCAGCUGACACAGAUGCUCAAGUGCCACGUGUUCCGCUGUGAGAGCCCCGCCAAGAACAUCGCCACCAGCCUGCACGAGGUGUGCUCCCAGAUCAUGGCGGAGCGGCGCAGCGCCCGGGCGCUGGCGAACGGGCUGUGCAUGGAUCCCUCCCGGCUGGUGGAGAUCCCUUUCCAGGUGGAGUUCCCGGCGCCCAAGAAUGAGGUGGUGCAGAAGUUCCCGGUGUGCUACCUGGGCUGUGUGCCCGUGGCCAAGCCCGUGGGCAUGGACGUCAUCAACGCGGCGCUGGAGGCGGCGCUGGCCACCGGCACCAAGGAGCGCUGGACCCCCACUGUGGUCAACGUGGCACCCGCCACGCUCACCAUCACCCACGAGCAGACCGAGGCGGUGCUGUGCGAGUGCCGCGUGCGCUUCCUGUCCUUCAUGGGGGUGGGCCGGGACGUGCGCUCCUUCGCCUUCAUCAUGGCCAGCGCGCCCGGCGCCUUCCGCUGCCACAUGGUGUGGUGCGAGCCCAACGCCGCGGGGCUGAGCGAGGCGCUGCAGGCCGCCUGCAUGCUGCGCUACCAGAAGUGCCUGGACGCCCGGCCCCAGGCCUCCAGCUCCUGCCUGCCCGCGCCGCCGGCCGACUCGGUGGCUCGCCGGGUGGGCUCCUCUGUGCGCCGCGGCGUGCAGACCCUCCUGGGCAGCCUGAAGCCCAAGCGCCUCGGGGCCCAGACGCCGUGAGCUGGGACGAGAGACGCGACCGAGGCCCCUUUCCCCACCCGCUGCCGCCAGGAUGGGCUGCGAGGCCAGGCAGGAGGGGGCGGCAGCGCCGGGGACGUGCGGGGCGCUGGCGGGGGGGCGAGCCCGUGCCGGGGCUGGGGUCCCCGGGGGCGAGGGGGCCGUGGGGCGCCGGGGAAGCGCGCCCAGAGCUGUGCCCCAGGGCGGUGGGCCAGGGGGUCGAGCCCAGGGAUGGUGGCGCGGGGCCCCCCCAGCCCGAUGCAUGCGGUCUAACCUGCGGCGGGGGGCUGCCGGCGCUGCCGGCUCCGGAGCUGCCGCUCACGCUGUAACGAAGCUCUUGUGUCGUACUAAAUGAUUAAUAAACAACCCAUUCCACCA